AUGCCUUCCAAAUCAUACUCCGAUGUGCUCGAUUUCUGGUUCGGCCCCAAAGCCUCCCCAGACUAUCUGAAAGAAAAGUCUUUCUGGUACGGCAGCCCCGCCGACGAUGCCUACGUGCGCACCCACCUCGAGGAUUCCCACCAGGCUGCCAAAGACGGUCAGCUCGACGGAUGGGCACGAGAGGGCAAGGGGACUGGGGCGUUGGCUCUAAUUCUGCUACUGGAUCAGGUGCCUCGCAAUAUUUUCCGCAAUACACCCCAGGCCUACGCGACGGAUUCGAAAGCGGUGGAGGUGGCUCGGUGCGCAGUGGACAAUGGUUGGGAUCGAGACAUGCCGGUCAUUCAGAGACGCUACCUGUACUCGCCGUUCAAUCACUCGGAGGAUAUACGGGACCAGGAACUUUCGCUGAAACUCUUCACGGACCUUGGCGAUAAUUAUCAUCUACACUGGGCUAGAAGUUUCUACGAACAAAUCAAGAGGGAUGGGCGGUUUACUCAUCGGGACAAGGUGCUGGGCCGGUAA